ACACACGCCGCGGUGGACCCACAAACAAUUUGAAAUAUUUUAAUGCUGGAACUUUCUUAACAGUUUUCCUAGGUGGAGCCCACCUGAGUUGUGGAUCAGCAUGCUUUGUGGGCCCCCAUCCAAACACACGGUGGCCUGCCUGAUGGACGGGGUGGAUCUCAACGGAAAUCUUAGGAGAAUUCAGUUUGCAGCGGCCAUUGAAUCAGGCCUCUCUCUCUAGAGAUGAAAGCAAUGUGAUUUUUUUUUAAGUACAUGAGAAUCAGCUCGAUCAACACGAACAUGGUUUUAUCAGUUAGGCCAUGUAUUAGGAUGUUAUUUACCGGAUCAGAGGCCGCUUCCACCAACUACAAGGAUCUUUUGAAGAGAAGUAGGUAUCUGACUGAGAAAAUCCAGUUGGGUGCUAACCCAGAUCCUUUUGAAGCUAACAGCCUUAUCAAAGAGCUAAUUAAUACUGGGCAUUUGAAUGAUGCCCGCCACCUGUUUGAGGAAAUUCCUAUAAGAGACGAAAUCACGUGGACGUCAAUGAUCGGGGGUUAUGUUAAAGCGUCCGAUGGUUUCGAAGCAUUGGUUUUAUUCUCGCGUAUGUGGACCGAUGAAGUGAUUCGAGUGGACCAAUUCAGUCUUAGUCUUGCUCUCAAGGCUUGCGGGUCCAUUUCUGAAUUGAAGCAUGGGGAAUCAAUGCAUGGGUACUCUGUGAAAACGGGCUUCGUGAAUUCUGUUUUUGUUGGAAGCGCCAUCUUGGACAUGUAUGCAAAGGCUGGCAACAACAUUUUGAUGGCUCGUAGAAUCUUUGAUGAGAUGCCAAUGAGAAAUGUCGUCUCUUGGACCGCUAUGAUAACAGCGCUUGUUCGUGCCAGUUGCAACAAGGAGGCACUUGAUUACUUCUCUAGAAUGUGGGUGUCGGGUGUCGAAUGUGAUUCAUAUACAUUCGCAAUUGCAUCCAAGGCUUGCGCUGAUCUCAGUGAUUUGAAUCGUGGAAAGGAAAUUCAUGCACGAACAAUGAAGUUAGGCUUUGAUUCAAGUUCAUUUGUUGCAAACACUCUCGCUACUAUGUAUAACAAGUGCGGGAAGUUAGAUUACGGGUUGCUUUUGUUUAGAAGGAUGUCGAUUCAAGAUGUUGUCUCGUGGACGACAGUCAUCGCAUCAUAUGUCCAGAUGGGCUGCGAGGAGAACGCAAUUCAAGCGUUUCUUCAGAUGCGAGAUUCAGGCGUUAGUCCCAACGAAUUCACUUUCGCUGCAGUUGUCUCUGGUUGUGCUGGCCUUGCAAAAAUCGAGUGGGGCAAGCAGUUACAUGCCCAUGUUCUCUGUCUUGGGUUCAUGUGUUCGAUGUCGGUUGCCAAUGCUAUCAUGACCAUGUAUGCAAAAUGCGGAUGCAUAACAUCUGCUUCAAUGGUGUUUCAUGAUAUGGUGAAAAAGGACCUUGUUUCAUGGAGUGCGAUAAUUGCUGGAUAUUCCCAAGAAGGGCAUGGUGAAGAAGCUUUCAAGCUUCUCUCACAGAUGAGGAGGGAAGGGCCAAAACCAAAUGAAUUCACUCUUGCGAGCUUGCUUAGUGUUUGUGCCUAUAUGGCAAUUCUCGACCAAGGGAAGCAAAUCCAUGCUCACAUCCUUUUGAUUGGACUCGAACAUGAUGCGAUGGUAAAGAGUUCUUUGAUCACCAUGUACUCUAAAUGUGGGAGUAUAGAAGAAGCUAAGCGAAUUUUUUAUACUAUGAUUACUGUAGAUAUAGUGUCGUGGACAGCUAUGAUAAAUGGUUAUGCAGAGCAUGGGAAUAGCAAUGAAGCCAUCAAUCUAUUUGAGAAAAUGCCCACGGUCGGUUUGAGACCAGAUUACGUGACAUUCAUCGGUGUUCUUACCGCUUGUAGCCAUGCCGGUCUUGUCGAUCUUGGUUUCCACUAUUUUGAAUUGAUGAGCAAACAACACCGUAUCAAUCCUGGGAAAGAGCACUACGGCUGCAUGGUUGAUCUCCUUGGCCGAGCCGGGCGGCUAACUGAUGCGGAACUCAUGAUCAUGAGCAUGCCAUUUAAGCCUGACGAUGUUGUUUGGUCAACACUGCUAAGAGCGUGUAGAGUUCAUGGUAACGUGGACUGUGGAAAACGCAUGGCAGAACACAUUCUGAAAUUGGAGCCGAAUUGCGCUGGCACCCACAUCACCCUGUCAAAUAUAUACGCUGCUAGGGGGAGGUGGAGAGAUGCAGCUGAUGUGAGGAAGCUGAUGAAAUCAAAGGGGGUGAAGAAGGAGCCUGGUUGGUCUUGGAUCAAGGUCAAGGAUAGUGUUACUGCUUUUGUGUCCGGCGAUAGAUCGCAUCCACAGGGCAACGAAAUAUAUACGAUGUUGGAUUUAGUAGCUUCGAGAGCGAGGAUGGCUGGUUAUGUCCCUGAUUUGACUUCUCUAUUAUAUGAUCUUGGCGAUUAAGGCAGACAAUGUAUACUCAACCAAUUACUCAGUACUCAUUCCAUUGGUUAUGUAUCAACAUUCCAACAAAAUACUUGUAUGCAUCGGAAACCUUAGGUUCUGUGGGUGAAAAACAUUAAAAAGAAAAAAGAGAAAUCUUAGUGAACAGUGUGUCUACAGUAGGUGGUGAACUUGCUUUGAGGAAAACGUAUCAUUAGCUUACAUGCCAUGGAAGGCUACAAUUCUGAAGACAUGGUACUAAUUAGGAUAUGAAGAUAUUUAUAGUUCUUUCUCUCAUCCGGAAAUAUGAAAUUCAAAUUCAUAUGAGCCCAUAAACUUCCUUUGGAUGUGCUUACUAAUCCAAAGAACAUUUCCAGUGAUGCCGAUAAAGAUUUUUGUUGCUGACUUGAAAAAAUGUAUUGGUAGCUUUUAUGUCAUGGAAAGGCUACAAGUCUGAAGACGAGGUCUCAUUAUCGAACACAUGAUAUAUGGAGAUAUUUGUACUUUUUCCCACAUGCAGAAGGAUGAAAUUCAGACUUAUGUGACAAGCUAAGGCCCUGAAGCGCACAAACUUCCUAUUGGACUUGCUUGCUAUCCAAAGGACAUUGCCAGUGAUCAUGCAUUCCCAAAUCCAGUUUUCAUGGAAUGGCAAUUUGUAUAAGACCUCUCUUAAGAAUUUCCAUUCAAUUUGGUUGUAGGCAUUUUCCAACUCAAUCUUCCAAAAAGGGGGACUAGAUCGGCCAGAUUUCCUUUUCAAUUGCGUGAAAAUUUCUCAGAUGGAACGAAGGCUGCAUGGUAUGAGGCGAUGAUUUUUUCCAGGAUUGGUUUCAUUCUGUUUGUUAGAAUUUUUGAUAUGAUUUUAUAUCCCACAUGACAUAAGCUGAUUGGUCGAUGA